AUGCAGUUUGGAUACCGUCAUCGAGUAAACCCCUGGCCACUGUCAGAUGUGACAGGGCGGUCCCACAAAAGUGUGUUUCCACCAGAAAAAUCCGACAAAAAGUUUGUUCUAGUUAUUGGAGACAGCCAUCUACGGAGCAUUGUAGAUGGCUAUGUCAAUAUGCCGAAAGGUUGUUUAAGCUUUGGAUUUGUCAGCACCCCUGGUGCACCUGCUGCUGUUCUCAGAAAAGAGAUGGAAGCAUGUUGUCCACCCUGGGAGCCAAACAUGGUUUGCAUAAUGGCACCAGGGAACAAUUUAAAUUCAAGCCGCACUGUUACAGAGGCAGGGCUAGAUUUUGAAAAAUUGUUAAAGACUGCUCUGUACCGGUGGCCCAAUGUGUUUGUUUUGGAUUUCCCACCAAGGCUCAAUUAUGAUGCUGAUGUCCAAGAGCUGCUUCGCCAGGAGUACAACCGCAUCAGUGUACGCCUUGGGAUUAGGUAUCUCUCAAUUUCAAAGCAUUUUCCCACAGGGUCCCUAGAGCUGUGGUGCAAAGAUGGGGUUCACCUCAGUGACAACAUCGGGAUGCUUAGAUUGGUUGACCUAUUAUGGAUUUCUGCAUACAAACUGCUGGAGGAAAGCAAAAUUCCUCAAACACUUGAAAAAACAAGAGCUCCUCCUCCUGCUCCAAGCAAAGUCAUCCGGCGGGCCGAGCUGGACCCCCUGGUGGGCCCGAUCUGGCCUGCGGGGCGUAUGUUUGACACCCCUGGUGUUGACUAUUCUUGGACCACAAAGCGGGGAUUGAAGAAGUCUGUCGCUGAGGGGGAGUACCAGGAACUUGUGAAGGUUUCUCUGAUGCCUUGUGAUUUGCAUAGUCCCUAA